AUGGCGAGCAAGCGCGAACUUUUAUCUCCUGAAGUGGCAGUUGCAGAUGAACAAGCACAUGUUCAUGGCUUUAUGGCAACCUGUGGAAUUGGUAAUAGACUCAUGCUUUAUGGCGGUUCCAAAUCAGCUUGUAGAGAUGAAGGACAUCUUAGAGCAAAUCUGCACCAUGGUUGUAGACUGCAUGAAGUUGAAUGGGACAAAGAUAUGCAUUCACCAAUCACUCGGCGUCUUGUGAAUGAAUCACAUAAUAUAUUUGUUGCUCUUCAACAGCAAGCCGAGAAUUUAACUGACCUAGCUUUAAAGUCAUAUCUGGUGAAAGCAAGCCGUUAUUAUCGUUCUGUAAUCAAAGGUUGUUGCUGGGCUUUACAAUCAGAAUCAGAGAACACCUCCAGUGAAGAUGAGAAAGCUUGGCUUGAGGAUCAACAGCAAAUUUUUCAAAUUAUAGAGUUGAUCUGGAGUCUUUGUGAGAUUUUGUAUAUUGACACAACUCCUGGUGCCCCAUCUCUGAGGCAAUUGCUUGGUUGGGUCAGGUGGCAUUUUACUGAAGGCAAAAAAUUGGCGUCAGAAAUCAUUCAAGAUAAACCAGAAAAGCACAGCUGCUACUGGGAAGCUAUUUAUCGCCUUCUUCUUCAAGGCUGCAUUGAUGAAGCCCUGGAAUUAUUCUCAAAGCAUCCAUUGCAUAAGACUGAUAGCUUCAGAAGCUUGAGUGAAAUGAUGGGGAAGAUGCCACAGCUUGCAAAUUUUAUGUCUCAGGGUCGGUCUUUGCCAGAAUUUGACAUCAAAUGGCGACAUUGGCGUGAUGAAUGUGAACAACGACUUGAAGCUGGAGAAUUCCUCACAGAUUCAAAUCUCACAACCAUGGCAAAAAUAUUAUGUGGAGAUGAAGAAGUCUUUUAUCAAAUGAAGGAUUAUUGUGAAACUUGGUUUCACAUGUUGGUAUCACGACUUUUCUACCAGAAUCCUGUUGUAAAGAAUUCUGAAUUACAGCACUACAUUCAAACCUGCCUUGACAUGUAUCGAGGGGACAGCAGCCACACUGCCCAGCUGGAUAGUAUUCUUGUUGCUGUUUUUGAAUUUAAUAUUAAUCAAAUGAUCCGGGAUUGUAGCACUUACCUUGGUAGUUGGUGGUUCACAUCUCAUUUAGGUGACCUUCUUUACCACAGUGGCCAUUUGGAACCACAGAAAUUGCCCCAAGGAGUCAACCUGAGGGAGUACCUUCUGUUAGAAUAUGCAUCCAGUUUGAUGUCGCACAAAAGUUUAUGGGCAGUUGCAAUUCAUUAUUUCGAUUUUUGUCCUGACAAUGGCAGUGACUACUUGGGUCUUUAUCUCGAGCGCAUUCCUCUGGAUACAGAAGUGAAGGCACACAAAUUGUUGCAUAUUUGUGAAAAGCGAGGUUUGCAGGAACAUGCAAAAUCCAUUUGUAAAGUGAUGGGUAAGAAAUGUUUAUUGAACAACAGAGUUGGUCAAGCACUCAAUUGGUUCCUAAAAUCUAAGGACAGUUCUUAUGCCACAGUUUUAUCUGAAAGAAUCCUCACAGAAUAUAGUGAAACUGGUCAGUUUUCUAACUUGGAUCUUUUGGAAAAUCUUGGUUCUUCCAUGUUUCUUAGUAGCAAAUUAACAUUUCUUGGUCAGUAUCGAGAAUUUCAUAAGUUAUAUGAAGAUGGAGACAUCCAAGAAGCAGCAAUUUUGCUUGUUUCACUGCUUAGUGCACGACUGGCGCCAAAAGCCUUCUGGGUAACUCUUCUCUGUGAUGCACUGCCACUUUUGGAAGCUGAACAAGUGGUAAUUAGCAGCCAACAAACUUAUGAAUUGAUGCACUGUGUAGAAGAAUUGACUAAAGAAGCUAGCCUUGUAGGAGAUGAAAACCAAAAGAAAAUGCUGGAAGUUGAGAAGACCAAGCUCAGUAAUAUUUGUUUGGCUUUGACACGUAACUUGGAUCGUGCCAUUAUUGUUGAGGGAAGUGUCAAACCAUUCUGA